ACGGGCCACUACCUCUGUAAUGCUUGCGGACUGUACCAUAAGAUGAAUGGCCAGAACAGACCCCUCAUCAGACCAAAAAAGAGGCUGAUUGUCAGCAAACGUGCUGGAACGCAGUGCGCCAACUGCCACACGAGCACUACGACACUAUGGAGACGCAAUGCCAGCGGCGAGCCUGUAUGCAAUGCCUGCGGCCUCUAUUUUAAACUGCACAACGUCAACCGGCCUUUAACUAUGAAGAAGGAUGGAAUACAGACGCGGAAUCGCAAGGUGUCUAACAGAAGCAAGAAGGGCAAAAAGAGUUCAGCUUCAGAGGUUUACCCUGACAUGUCUCACAUGGCAGCUCCUGAUGAGCAUGUAGGACACUACUCUCUGAAUCCAGGACCCCUACUGUCCUACAGUCACACCCCUCACCUACUGACCCCUUCCACCUUGCACUCCUCUCCAACUUUGCCCUACACCCACCACCCACACUCUGGCAUGGUGCCCACACUAGUGUGAAGGAAAUGUAUAUUGGACCAUAACGAGGCAUGUACAUUAUGUUGUACCUAUAGUAAACACAUUUCUUGCAUAAAUGCAUUCCACCCCAUUUUUUAAGUAAAAUGAAAAUGCGUUAAAGAUGCUCCAUAACAGUUGCAUUCUAACAGCUUGUCACUGAUUUUGAACUGGUCAUGUAGUUUGAAUAGUGGAACAGUAAAACUGAAACUGUCAGCUAUAUUAUAAUGACAAAUGUAAAUAUAUAUGAUUUUAUGGCUUAUUGUAUGUGCUAGAAUCAUACUACGACUUAUUUUAAGAACAUUCAAUACAUGUCUUAUAAUAAAAUGUUUUGAGGUUGA